AUGACUGUAGUCGCAGGAUGGAUCCUUCACUGCGAACUUCACAAGGGCUCAGAUGCCACCAUGACGCACCUAGCUUUCAGCAGGAACGUCGCCAUGUCCCUGCUCUACCUGAAGCAGAAACUCGCCCUGCGGCCUGGACCUCGGGUUCGUCUCAGCAUCGCGGAAAGGAAGACUGACGGUCACUACAUUGUCUCAGCUACACAAGGAAGGUGCGCGGAGUGCAAAAAACAAAAACAAAAGGAAAACACUACCAACAAAUGCCACCAGUGCGAAAAAAGGCUGCACAAGAAUUGCUUUGCAGCUUACCACGGCUUGUGA